ACAAGCGGACACGUAUUAUCUCCAAUGUUCUAUUUAAAGCGCUGUGGCUAUACCUGUUCCCACGAGUCCUCUAUAAAAGCGACUGCAAUUUGCAGGUUGACGUACUUUUGUGGCCGGGCUGGGUCAGGAUUUUUGUCAGCCACUGCGCAAUGUUUCACGUGCAUCAUCAAAGCGGGAGAAAAAAAAAAUUCUAAUUUCGCCAUCCGCGAAUACAUUGAACUUUAACGACAGUCUGUGUGUGUUAGGCACGUCGACCAGGAUUUUUUAGCAUGGAGUUACAAGAUGAAAGCUUUGAAUUCAUGAAAAGGAGCAGUUUGGAGUCUUUGGAGGCCUGGUUGCAGACCACUGGUAUCUCUCUAACCCAAGUCAAUGGCCAAAGAAAAUAUGGGGGGCCUCCACCUGAUUAUACUGGGAAGCCCCCCAUAUUUGGCUGCGAGGUUUUCAUCAGCCGAUUCCCAAGGGAUGUCUAUGAGGAUAAACUCCUACCGCUCUUCCAGCAGGUGGGUGUCCUCUAUGAAUUCCGCCUCAUGAUGAAUUUCAGUGGACAGAACCGUGGAUUUGCCUAUGCCAAGUACACCACACCUGAAGCUGCAGAUGCUGCUGUGUUACUCUUGAACAAUUACCCACUGACCAAAGAGUACCAGAUCAGCGUGGUCAAGAGCACAGAGAAACGACACCUCAAUUUGAUUGAUCUCCCUUGCAACAUGGAGGAGAAGCAGCUUCUCUGCUUUCUCAAAUCCAUCUCUCCCGGGGUGGAGAAGUUGUAUCUAAAUGUGGGUUCCCGAGACAAGCUGAAGAUGACCGCUGUGGUGGAGUACAAGUCUCAUUAUGCCGCCUCCAUGGCCAAAAAAGUCCUGAGUGAAGGAUUUCUAAAGCGGUUUGAUUUUCCAGUUGUUGUUAAAUGGAAGCGGCAGAAUAUCCAGACCGAGGUCAGUAAAGAUUCUUCAGACCUGGCUAACAAUGGAACUACCAGUCAGCCAAAGUUGAAAAAGAAACUUGCCCGUCUGCCACCUAAUGUCAUCAAUUGCCUGGAAAAUAAGUUAUGUCCAACCUUGCCUUCAGAAUGUCCCAAGUCAGAGUACAUGCAAAAUGAACGUGCUCAAGUGCCUCUCCGCCAGAUUCUAAAGCCGAUUGGCAUCGAUCCAGUUGCCUAUCUCCGAGACCUCUGCUUUGCCUGUAACAUGAAAGCACCACUGUACUGCACCAAGUUGCAGUUUAUUAGUCCAGAUGGCUAUCAAUAUUUCACCUAUCAGGUGUCCAUUCCUGGCCUCCUGUUCCCUUUCACUGGAACUGUGGCCAUCCUUCCUGGUUCCUUGGCAACAGUUGAGAAGGAGGUACAGGCUGCGGCGGCCUCUUUCAUCCUCCGAGAGUUGGGCAUUUACAAAUGAGAGGCGCGCGCUUUUUCUUUUUUUUUUUUUUUCCCCUAAACCCCAACCCCAUUUCCCCAACCGGUUCAGAAGUUUUAAGUUUGGUUUAAUACUAUAAUAUCAAAGGAUAAGUUUUAUAUUUUUUAAGAAAUGUUCCUUGUUUUAUAUAUAAAAAAAAAAGUAAUAAUGGAAAGCUAUUCAUGAUGGGCCAAGGGACUGAAGAAAUGAACAUGUUCAGUUUUGUUGAAAAAUGAUGUUAUGUAAUUGUUUCCAGAAAUUGUGGUUGAAAACAAAUGUUGCACUUCGAUGAGGUUUUUUUUUUUAUUAUUAUUAUUUUUGCUAAUGAAUAUGAAAAUAAACCAUGAGCAUUUAAAGUAUAUGUUGUAUGUAUAUAAAAAAAAAAUUGGAUUUGGUUUGGCACAAAUGACAGCACUGAAUUUGAAUUUUGUAAAAACAAAGUAGAUGCACGAUUAUGGAAAAAGGAGAUUUUUUUGCUUGUGUUAUUUAAGAUUUAACUUCGUGUAAUGUUUUGUUAAAGGUAAUAAAACUGAAUGUGCUUCUGAAUUAA